UCCAUAAUCGCCGGGUCAGCAUCCAAGAGCCCCCGCCCAUUAUCCAUAAUCGCCGGGUCAGCAUCCAAGAGCCCCCGCUCAUUAUCCAUAAUCGCCGGGCCAGCAUCCAAGGGCCCCCACCCAUUAUCAACAGUCACCGGGUCAGCAUCCAAGAACCCUUGUCCAUUAUCCACAAUCGCCGGGUCAGCAUCCAAGACCCUCCACUAGUCCACAGUCGCUGGGCCAGUAUCCAAGAUGUGCCACCCAUUAUCAACAGUUGCUGGGCCAGUACUGAGGACAUGCCAUCCACUGUGAGCAGUCAUUGGCUCAGUAUCCAAGAUACACCGUCAGUUACCUACAGUCACCGUUUGAAGACCCAAGAUGUUCCACCAAUUUUCCAAACUCACCACUUCAGCAUCCAAAACUCUCCAUUACUUCCUCACGUCUCCCUGGACAAUGUAGAGUCCCUUAACUACAAUAGUAGUCAAGUCAGUAGCCAAGACCACCUUCCAACAAGUCAGAGUCCUUGUUUAAGUACUCAAUGCCUCACAUUGCCAAUCCGGGCCAAAGUCGAUGUCCCCCCUUCAAUUACUCACAGCCCCACGGCCAGUGUCAAAAGCACUGAUUCAAUUAUCUGGACCACCCAGGAGAGUUUCAAAGACUCUAUGGACAGCUCCCUGUACAACCCAAGUACUCUAGACGACAAUAUCCAGAGCAUACGUUCAAGCAGAUCUGCUGAGAUGGAUUCUGGCGGGUGUCAGAGAAGGAGUAAAUGCAGGUAUUCACAGUUGCCCAUGGGCUGGCGGCUGCUGCAUGGAGCCAAGAAGAUCGGCCGUCAGGUGAGCCUGGCACUGAGCCUGGCUGGCAUGGUGAUCAUCGGUCUCAUCACCCUGGGCCAGCCCUGGAUCCACUUCCGGGUUCCAUUGACAUCCCCUGGGGAUCCUGAUGGCCCCUCGACCAUCCCCAUCAACACCAUCUUCUUUGUGCAGUGCCCUGACAUCUCCUGCCUUCAUGAGUACGACCAGAAUGCUUACUUGUUGGACUUUGCCUGGGCCUUUCUCAUCCUUGCCAGUAUUGCCGGCUUCUGCCUCUGCAUCAUGCUCAUAAACAUCAUCUUCUUCACCAGCUCCAACUUACCUGUGCUGGACUUCUCCAACGUCAUCAUCAGCAUCCUGACAGGGGCCAGCAUGAUACUGGGUAUCCUGUUCUACCUGAUGCAGGCCCAUGAGUACCUGCAGGAAGGCAUGACCUACACUCUGGGGCUCAGCUUCUACCUGGCGUGGACCGGCAUCUUUCUCUUCCUGAUGAGUGGUUUCCUUUCCUACCUGAACUACAUGAACUUCUGGUCCAUCCUGGCGCUCCAGGCCAUCUGGACUUGAUGGCGCUCCAGGACACAGGAAUGACCCCACCGCUGGUCUGCUCCCACAGCUCCCUGCCAAGCACUUGACAACCCUACUCUCUAGUCCCCCACCCCCACUGAGAGUCUUGCCCUUUUCGGUCCCCUCUUAAUCCCCCCACUCAGAUUAAUAAUCUGUAUAUUUAAAUAAUCUGUACCUUU